CUAAAAUGGCUCCCAAGGGCUUAAUUUUUUGAAGAAUUGGAUUAUACUUUCUUUCUCAACACACGCAACCGGUUAAAACGUCGCCGUCUCUCACAGCCGGUAUAUCCCCACGACCCCAUCACCGGCUAUCCCGGUGCCUUAUCUUCUCACCCAAAUAUCUCGCCGUAUAAAUGGUCUCUUUCUUAAUUUUUACAUUUCCCUAGACACGUGGAAUCAUUUUCUCGCCGGAGCUGCGUUGAUUGGCCUCCGAUUUUUAUCUCUUAAUUCUGAAGUCUUUAAUCCUUGAGAUCUCCAUAGAUGGCGGAUAAUGAGGACAGGACGGAAACUGUUCCCAAAGGAAAUGAAUGGGAAGUCGUAUCACUCACUGCAUCUGCAUAUGCUGCUGCCCCUGGUCCCAAACAGGUUGAUCUGAGUGAAGAUAGCCAGGGUAAUUUAGUUGGAGAAAGUGAAGCUGAAACUUCUGGUGCUAUGUUUAUGUCAGGCCAUUUUCUUUUCCCUCCAGGUCAGCACGAGAAUUUGCCGUUGGAACAUGAAUACAGUGAGAUACGAAAUGAAAAAGAAGAUUAAGGCAAUCGUCCUCAUCUGAUUGUUGAAGAAAGGGGUAAAUUGGAUGUCAAAGAUGAAGAAAAUGUGAGCAUCAAAAAACUGAUGUCUGAUGAAUUUACUGGAGUUCAAGCUAUUGAUGAGGAGGCUAAUAGGCUGUCCGUAAGUGGUGCGGAUAUACAGAAUGACGUGGCCUUUCACAAAGAGCAGUUCAAUUAUGGUACUGCAGAAUUUAGUGCGUACCAUAGCAUAUCAACCAUGGGCAGGUCCAACACUGUUGAAGAGGAUGCAAUGACUGACGAUGUGGCUGAACCUUUUGAACAUGCUUCGAAUUCAACCUCGCCAAGUUUCCAGAAGCCUGUUGAGGAAGAUAAGUAUGAUGGUGCUGACCUUCCUUGCAAAGCUUGGUGGAAAAGGCGGGCUCUUUCUUUGUAUGCUCAUGCUAAAGAGGCAAACACAUUUUGGUCUAUUCUCAUUGCUGGAGCUGUCACAGGGCUUGUAAUUAUUGGACACAAGUGGCAGGAAGAAAGGUGGCAAGUUUUGCAGCUUAAGCGGCAGUUCGGGAUCAACGAUGAGAAGAUGGGCAGGAUACUUGGUCCCAUAUCUCGACUUAAAGACGUGAUUGUUGGUGGCCAUCAACGGUCAUUUGUUCGUGGGAGCAACUCUGUAGAACGUUAAGAUGAUGACGAAAAGCUUGAGAGGGGGAGAAAAUAUAGUGAAUGUCAAGUUCAAGGGCCUUUUUUUUUUUUUUUUUUUUUUUUUUUUAAGGGGUUUUUUUUUUUGCCUG